GUGGGACAUGAGCCGCUGCCCCCUACCUUGGGUCGGAACCUCUUUGGCAGACCGGUCCACCAGCUGCCCGGCCUGUUUGCUUAUGGUCCAGGUCUAAGAGGCAGCAGCCCUAGCAGGCAGGUCCAGGCUGUCCUCCCCUCCACCAGCUCCUCAGGUGGUGUCCCACAGCAUUUCCUGGCCUAGGUUGAGAUAUAAGCCCUCCAACAUGUCCUAGGAGACUUGGGUUCCUGCUGCUGACAGCAAAAGCCUGAAACACUUCCCCAGACCUCGACGUGGAGGAGGAGCGACUCUACUCCAAGUCUCCCACUUGUCUGAGCUCCUCGCCCUAUCUAAGGCUAAGCGCAGCCGUCCUACAGACAAAACACAUUUUGUUAGCAAUCUUUUCUUUGGGUCAUUACCAAAGGUCGUGACCAUAUGCGAUGGCUUGUGGUUGGACCUCUACCCUGACCUGGAGUUGGCAAGUAGUCAGUAACCAUGGACUCUGAUUUGGAGGUGCUGACCUUCAUCCCAGCAGCUUCACACUCGGUUCUCAGAACGAGCUGAAGGUCACAGACUGAUGGAGCUCAGAGGAACUUAUCAUCCACAGAUCUUCUAGCCACUAAAUCUGGGCCUAGAAACUCUGUCCUGUGGUUCUGAAGAGAACCCCGGUGGAGUCCGACCCUGACCUGCAAUAGCAAAGCACAUCGUUAGGGUUGAUGGAAAAGGUGGUCUCUUCAAAGGACUCAGCUCGAGGCUCUGCGCAAGCGCCAUUGGCACUGUUGUACACAGCAAAGUUGUGCAGAAGUGUCAGGAACAUGGCACACCUCAGGUCCUGGGGGGGCAGCAGAAGGCUGUGGAUGGCUCCCUGCAGCACGUGAUCAACGAGACCACCAGAGAGAUGAUCGCCCGUUCCUGCGCCGCCGUCGUCACACACCCGUUCCACGUGAUCACUUUGCGAUGUAUGGUCCAGUUCAUUGGGAGGGAAACCAAAUACAGCGGAGUGUUUGAUUCCAUCGUCACCGUCUACAGAGAAGAAGGCCUCCUGGGUUUCUUUGCUGGUUUGGUCCCUCGGCUACUGGGAGACAUCCUGUCCUUGUGGAUUUGUAACCUGCUGGCUCAUGUCAUCAACACGUACGCCAUCGAUGACUCCAUGAGUCACACGGGGGAGAUAAAGAACUGCUCCCAGGCGGUGACAGGGUUCUUUGCCAGCAUGCUCACAUACCCCUUUGUUCUGGUGUCCAACCUCAUGGCGGUCAACAACUGCGGGCUUGCUGGGGGCUUGCCUCCUUAUGCGUCUGUGUAUCCCACCUGGGUGGACUGCUGGAGGCAUCUAAGCAGAGAGGGUGACCUGAGCCGAGGCAACAGUGUGUUUUUUCGGAAGCUUCCUGCAGGAAAGACUUACACAUCUGAGCAGAAGAGGUUCUGUUAAAGCUGCAGAACCGAAGCUGCGGAGAACCCGGGGCGGACAGCGUCGACUCAACUGUUUAUCAGUGUGCUGUCGUCUGAAACCACGACAGGGUGACCGCCCCUAAUGUUUGCUAGAUAAGGUGGUGACACGUUGCAUGUGGUAGUGUGUAAUAACGGGUGGAGGAGCGGAGUAAAUGCCGGGAUGAGACUGCUCCCUCUGACAGCCAGCUGUGCUCCUCUUGUUCACGACUGUGUAAAACACGGGUUGGUAACUAAUUCUCCUUUCCUAGAAGUCACAAACCUUACUGGUCUUCUACUGGGCCGCUGCAGACCAGUCCUUUGUAAUGGAAAUCUUUUCAGUUAAUAACACAUUUUGCAUUUACAACACGUACAAGAGAAAAAGGUUGUAUUUUUUGUGAUGAAUCUGAAUAAAUCUGGACCAGUAAAGGUUUCAACAACAA